AUGGACGGCGCAGCGGUCCAAGUGCGACGCAACACAAGCUUUAUGGAAACGAUCAACAGAGCCGCGAUUAACUACCACAUCUCCAGACCAUACCAACCGGAAGAAAACCCAGCCGAAGGGGGAAUCAGAGAGCUCAAACUACGAUUCUACAGAUUGAUAGUCAAGCAUGCGAUACCACAACGGCUAUGGGACUUUGUGCUUGAUUAUAUCGUCGAUACCAUGAACAUCACCGCCAACUACUCGAGAUAUUCUGACGGACGAGUGCCGCUUGAAGUGAUCACUGGCAUCACGCCGGACAUUACAGAAUACAUGGACUUUACAAUCUAUGGAUGGGUAUACUACCGCACAGACGGCGCCCUGGGGACGAACGAAAUAGGACGAUGGUUGGGAGUGUCACACAGGACGGGUCCAAUGAUGACGUAUUGGAUAUUGCCGAAGAGUGGCCGCCCAAUCUUGACUGACACUGUCCAGAACAUCACAGAGACCGAGAGACAGACUGACGUGGUCAAAGAACAAAUGGCGCAAUGGACAACUGAUGCAUCCAAGAUCCUUGAUGCGAAGACAGGAGACAUCAGUUGGGGGAAAGAUGAGAUACCGCCACAAUUGAUGUUUGAUCUCGGAUUGGAAGACGCAGAAUUCAAAUGCAACUUCAACAAGUUGAUUAAGGCCGAAGAUGUUGACGAUGGCACGCUCCAGGGGACCACAGAAACUGACGACAUCGACGCACAGAACUACGUCAACAUGGAAAUUGGCCUAAGACGGGGACAAGAAGGGGAGUUGCAACGUGCAGUUGUACACAGGAGACUCGUGGAUGCAGAAGGAAAUCCAACUGGCGUAGCGAACAACAACCAGUUGCUCAACACGAGACAAUACAAAGUUGAAUACGAAGAUGGAAGCACCAAAGUGCUCGCUGCGAACUUGCUAGCAGAGAACUUAUUAGCACAAGUGGACGACCAUGGACACAGACACUUGCUAAUGGAGGAGAUCACGGAACAUCGUUCUGAUGAGAAGGCAGUAAAGAAGAAAGAUGGUUUCUAUUCCCUCGCAAGUGGAACGCAACAAAGACGACACACGACAGCAGGAUGGGACUUCUACGUUACUUGGAAAGAUGGUUCCUCGAAUUGGAUACCUUUGAAAGAUAUGAAGGAGUCUUUCCCGAUUGAAGUGACCGAUUACGCAAUAAGCAAGGGCAUCCAAGACAAAUCAGCUUUCGCAUGGUGGAUCCCACACGUUGUACGAAAGCGAAAGCGAUUCCUUGGCAAAGUAAAAUUGAAGUACUGGGAACGUACGCACAAGUAUGGAAUACGUAUCCCAAAAUCGAUCAAAGAAGCCAUCAAAAUCGACAAAGCGAAUGAUGACACUUUAUGGCAACACUCGAUUCAAAUGGAGAUGAAGAACAAUCGAGUCGCCUUUGAGGAAUUUGAUGGAGACGUAGCUGAUGGGAUAUAA